GAGUGUUGUGCAAAAUGAUGUCGACAGGUAAAUGGACCCCGCAAGGACCGAUACGCCCACAGAACUGCAUAGAUUCAUCUUUUGCGGCGCUGAAGCACAACUUCGGUUUCAGGCCUCAAUAUGAAUAUGAGAAAAAGGUCCACAUUGGUUAUUUGCUCUCUUUUGAGUAUCAAAGGAUGUGGCUGAAAGAGAGGGAAAUAUACGAGAAAGAAUUCUACGCCAAACCGGCUCCGAAAGGUGACAAAUUUGACAGAAAGGCUAUGGAGAAUGUUAUGAUUACGGGGACUAAUAUCACGUCAGGCUUUUCAGCAAGAAGACUCUUAAAAAGAGGAUACAUACAAAAACUGAUGACGUAUAAAAAACCGACCAAGUCAGCCAAACAAGAUUUGAUGCUCAAAAAGCAUGUAUCUGGAGGAGAUUUGGUACACACCGACAUGAAAUAUAAGCCGCGCUGCUUUAAGAACAAACCGAAGAAAUAGACUUACAUUUAAGUAACAUUUACCUGUGUAUUUAUAUAUACAUAUUAGAUAUUAGUGAUAGCUUAAAUAUAUAAUUUAUCACAACAAAUUAUUUAUA